CUCACCCCAUCACGCUCAUGUACUCUGUGCAACUUACGACUCCCCGACUCACAGCCUUUUCGGCAUCGCUGCCUUUCAUCUGACAGCUCCGCUCACAACUGUUCGACUCAUCUCGACAUUUCCCCAACACUUCUACCGGCAAGGUUAUUACAAGUGCCCUGUCACGCUGCUAAUCUUCUCGUCGUCCUCGCCCCAUCUCGUGGCGCAUUCAACAUCAACUUCGUGCCUGUCUAUCAAGUCGUCGCGCUCAAUCACUUGCACUGUUUCCCGUCCCUCCCAGUCUAUUCAGUUCCUCAAGUCCCUCGACAGUUCUCGACGACUUCUCGCACAUCUGUCCAAUCCGGCCAUCAGUCAUUGCUCCCUCUCCUUGUUCGCGCCCUCCUUGUCGUGACCUGAGCAGUCAAGGCACUCCCCGGUCUCGUUCUUCCAAGGAACCACUUCAUUUCACUCAUACCCUUGCAUCAAACCGCCCCCGGAACCGCCACGAUCCGUGACAUGACCAGCUUCGUUGAUUCUUAUCUCAGCUUGACCAUCUCCAAGGAAUUUUUCUAAAGUCGCGACUCCACCACGCCAGCAUUUCAUCGCAUCGCAUUGCUAUUUUACAGCCCAUCCUGGCAAUACUCUGCUGCCACUGUUGGAGCUUGGAUCUGAAACUGCAACUUUGGCCUAGUCCCGGACGGCCGCUUAUUCAUCUGGUCACCGUGGCAGCAGGCCUUGAUCAACCUCCUCCCUUGUACACUUGAGCAGCGGUCAUGAGUGCGAUGGCCUUCAGUCCGCUGGACCACCGUUUGCAUCCUACCAUCUCGAAUCAGCACGCCUUGACUUCAGACCCAAGAAAUUUCGAACCAGGCCCUCAAGACCGGCGCAUGUCCACGGCCAACGACAACUCCGUGGCUGUCGCAACUGUUUUGUUGCGACGCCUGCCACGCAAUACCACUUCUGAAGCGGUCAGAACCAUGUUACUCUUCGCCGAAGAUCUUCAAGAUACCGAGAUCGUUCCCAACGAGUACGAGGACGACGCCGGGUUCUCCACUGCCAUUGCCCGAUUCUCUUCAAUGACAGGCGCCACAGAGGUGCAGGCUCUUCUGGACGGGAAGCCCAACACUGCAGGUCAGGCUAAAAUGAUAGUGGAUGUCAUCUCGAACUCGACAAUCUCAGCUGCACCGCGACGCAACACAAUCGAUCCAUUAGCCAGUCGCAAAAUCGGUCAGUCGAUGUCGCCGGCCAUGAACAUGACGCAAAAAUCAUCUCGCUUUAAUGGCACCUUUCAGGCACUGGACAAGACUUCUCCUCCUUUACUUGCCUCCCCUCCAGACCAUUCUUCUUCCGAGACCAGCUCUCACAUGCAGACCCUGUUUUCACCCCACUCGCCUGGCAACAGCACCGUCACAGAGCGAUCUCGGGUCAGUGGCAAGAUGGUCAUCGACGAGGACGGUGGAGAUGAAGACACUCGCGAAUUACUCAAUGAUCCACUCGGCUACUUGAACAAUUCAUCCACCGCCAAAAACCCACGCAAAGCAGUCAACACGCGUGUUCCCACUGCGGCAUUCUCGGCGCUUUCGCUCAACACCAAUAUGAGCAACGGCACUGCUUCUGCGUACGGAGCACCAAGGUCGGCCGCACAAAGUCGACCGCCUCACAAUCAGUUUUCUCCCAACUCCAUGUCAAGCGGCCCAUAUACGGCAACGAGCACAUCUUACCUGCGCCACAACUACCCGCCGGUCAACCCAGCAGACCAGAAUCCACCGUGUAACACACUUUAUGUAGGGAACCUUCCGAUCGACACAUCCGAGGACGAACUGAAAGCCAUGUUCUCGAAACAGAGGGGGUACAAAAGGCUAUGCUUUCGGACCAAGCAGAAUGGUCCGAUGUGUUUUGUAGAGUUUGAAGACGUGUCAUUUGCGACAAAGGCGUUGAAUGAACUGUAUGGGGCACAACUUCACAACAGCGUCAAGGGGGGUAUUCGAUUGAGCUUUUCCAAGAAUCCACUUGGAGUACGAGCUGGUCAGCCUGGAAGCGCUAAUCCGACAACGCCACUGAACGCAUCGGGGCCGAUGAGCAUGAACGGCUUCGUCGCAGGAAUGUCCCCGAGCCAUUUCUCCACCGCCAGUGGACCGCCGCCCGGGCUAUCUAUGCCACCUGGGUUGAGUUCCCCCAUCAAUGGCUCGGGACCGGGGGGUGCUCUACAUAGCCAAUUCGUCGGCCAAGGGCUAGGGCUUACCCCCGGUGGCAUGGCAAAUAUGAGAGGGAUAUCCGUCAAUCACGGUCUAGGUGGCCCGACGGCGGGCGGCAACUUUCAUGAUUAUAUGCUCGGCAGAUAGGGCAUCUGUCACGACACUGAAGGAGCCGAACGCUCACAGUUUUGCACUCUCGGGCUAUGAUUUGAGCAUUUGUUUCUGGAGUACUUGUCUUGCAGACGCAACGAAGUUCAUGGAUGAGCUUCUUUUUUUUGGGUGCAUCUUUGGGGGGUUUCCCCCUCUUGGAUUUGAAAGAUUCCCCGCUAAGUAGACAAUGAGCAAGCAAAGUGGCAGGCAUACGGACUGGAUCGCGGGGUGGCGUUGUUGAAACACAUCAGAGCUGAGUCGGAGAACUAGUCUGAAGGAUGAGAGUCGUGGAUUCGCAUUUUCUGUUGCAUACGGACUGUCAUUUUGAGCCGUUUGUUUUGAUAUCGAUGUUUGGACAAUGGGGACGCAAGUGGCGGAUGAACGUGUUAGGGCAUUAUGAACAUGCAAAGGGAGGGUGGACUGUCAGAAUGCUCCUAAGCGAUGACGAUCACGGAAUACUGAGCUGUCUGAGUGACGCAUACACUGCAAAUGUCAGGCAAAGCGGCGAGGGUUGCAUUGUUCAGCACGUGGGAUAAACACUGUGUUCAGGAAUUGGUCAAGUCGAUUAUCUCAUUAUUUUGAUACAUGGCAAGACGAGGAAAGUCAUGCGCCAGGCGCGGUCCUAUAUACCUAGGUAGUAGUCUAUAUUUUUGUGUUGUCAAUUAGUGAGCAAGCCAAC